GUGAUUAAUUCCGUGCCAUGGCAAGUCUCUUACAUCAACAGGCCUUAACGUAGGGAAUCUUCCUUUUUUUUUCUCUGUAUGUAUAGUCAUUGACGCCGGAUUGACUUGGAACUUGCCUUGAAGGUUUCUUGGUUUAUAUCAGAUAAAGACUGAGGAGAAGGAAAUAGUUGCCUUGACAACUUUAAAACAGGUGGAUUCAGGGAGUUAGCAAACUGGUGAGGAGAGAGAUCAUCAAACAACUGCUGGAAAACAUGGCUAGUGAUGGUACCAUUUAUGUUGCAGUAGGAGAAUUUGACGAAAGUGAGCUCACUUUGUUUUGGACAUUACAUAAUCUUAGUCCUCUAAAAGUUUGCAUUCUUCAUGUUCAUCAGCCAUCCAAGAUGAUCUCCUCCAGAGUUGAUGGGAAUUUAGCUGUAAUGCUUUUUCACCAACAACAACUCAGGGGUCUAGAAGAAGUUGGGAACGACAUGAUGCACAGGAUCAUGGAUGAGUGCGUUCUUUUUUGUCGUGAAGCAGGGGUCAGUGCAGAAAAACUAUUUAUUCAAAGGGAUGAUGUUGCGAAGGGGAUUGUGGAACUGAUUCAUCGGCACAAUAUCAAGAAGCUAGUCAUGGGAGCAGCAGCUGCCGAGCACUUUUCAGAGCGAAUGUGGCUCAUGUCUGAGAAAGCACAAUAUGUAAACGAUAAUGCACCACUUUCCUGUCAAAUUUGGUUCAUUUGCAGGGAGCAACUUGUCCACAAAAGGUUUGAAACUGGGCAAUCAUCACAUGCACUAAGCCCAUCAGGUUCCGGUUAUUUGACAAGCUCUAGUGAAGCUGCUGGUAUAUUAGACGCGGCUGUUUUUGAGGAAAGAGAGGAGAAUGAAUGUGAGCUUGAUCGAUUUGUACUGCUUCGCUCUGGAGAGGAUCAGGAUUCUCUAUCAAUGCCCAAUGAAGGAAGCGGCAAUGAUCAACUCUUUGAUCAACUUGAACAGGCACUGCAGGAAGCUGAAACAUCAAACCGAAAAGCAUAUGAAGAGUCCAACAGGCGUGUCAAAGCUGAAAUGGAUGCUGUCCGGGCUAUGCGCCAAGCAAAAGCAUUUGAAAGGUUGUACAAUGAACGCAAGAGAGAAACUGAGGCAGCACUUGCAAAACAGAAGGAGGAGCUUGAAAAGAUGAAGAGGCAGAGAGAUGAAGAGCAUUUAAUUGCCAUGGGACAAAAGUCGAUACUGGAUAGCCAAGUUGCCAACUCAGAUUACAGGAUAAAACAAUUGGAAGAUCAGUUGUCAUCAGCUGUGGAGCAGUUACAAAUUUCACAGAAAGAACGAGAUGAGUUGCAAGUAGAGCUUGAAAAUACUCGCAAAGUAACUGAAGAGCUUUUGAGAAAACAGGCAGAAGAGACCUCAAGCACACAUAUGCAGCAAAUCUACCCAGACCAGUUGUCUGCCUCAGAGAUCCACGAUGCAACUCUGGAUCAGUUACAAAUUUGCCAGAAAGAAAAAGAUGAGUUGCAGGUUGAGCUUGAAAAUACCCGUAAGAUAACUGACGAGGUUUUAAGAAAACAAGCCGAAGAUACCUCAAGCACACAUGUGCAGCAACCCUAUGCAGAGUUUUCUCUCUCAGAGAUUCAGGAAGCGACUGAGGACUUUGACCCAUCCUUUAAGAUUACAGAAGGAACUCGGGGGAGCGUUUACUAUAGAUGUGUCCUUCGGCACACUGAUGUGGCCAUAAAGGUGCUCGGCCAAAACAGCUUACAAGACCCCUCUGAAUUUCAGCAGGAGGUUGAUGAGUUGAGUAAAUCGAGGCAUCCAAAUCUAGUAACUCUCAUUGGGGCCUGCCCUGAAAUUUGGGCUAUAAUCUAUGAAUAUCUUCCUAAUGGAAGCCUUGAAGAUCGUUUGAACUGCAGAAAUGACACCCCUCCGCUGUCAUCGCAAACUCGGAUAAAUAUAGCUACUGAGCUUUGCUCUACUCUCAUGUUUUUACAUUCCAGUAAACCUCAGAGCGUAGUGCAUGGCAACUUAAAACCUGGGAAUAUUCUCCUUGAUGCCAACUUUGGGUGCAAACUUAGCGACUUCGGAGCCCGCCGUGCACUCUCUCUUCUGGAAGACUCAAGCAACGCACGGCCUUACCUAGAUCCUGAUUUUCGUAGUACUGGAAGAUUAUCUCACAGUUUAGACUUAUACCCGUUUGGCAUUAUACUGUUACAGUUAUUGAGUGGGAGAUCAACUCAGGGUAUAGCUGAGACUGCGCAAAAUGCACUACAAAAUCUGAAUUCCUUCUUGGAUUCUUCAGCUGGAAACUGGCCAUACCAAGUUGCACAGUUGACCCGCUUGGCUAUUAGAUGCUGUGACAUUAAUCUAAGCCGUCGACCUGAUCUUGCUUCAGAUGUUUUGAGAGUGCUUGAAACGAUGAGAGUUUCUUCUGGAGCCACGUUAUCAUUCCUUUCCGAGUCUGAUGAAGAUAAUCGUGAGCCUCCAUCUUAUUUCAUUUGUCCCAUUUUACAGGAAGUUAUGGAUGAUCCGCAUGUGGCAGCCGAUGGUUACACUUAUGAGGCAUCGGCAUUGCGGGGAUGGCUGGCUGACCAUGAUUCCUCCCCUAUGACAAACCUCAGGCUUUCACAUCGGAAUCUUGUCCCUAACCAUGCUCUGCGUUCUGCGAUUAGGGAGUGGCAGCAACCUCAUUGAAAACUGGAAACUGUAUUUUUGUUUCAGGAACAUGUUUCACUACGUCUCCCUCAUAAGGUUCCAUUGUAUAUAUCUUGCUCUUUCAUCCUUGGGUUUUCCAUGCUCUUCCUUACUUAUACUACAAUGUACUAUGUUAUAUUGUUGUAUAUACCUUGUCAAGGGUCGGAAACGCUAUUAUAAAGAACAAAAUAUAGAUCUUGCCCCAUUGCAAAGUACCUUCAGUUGAUUGGCAUGAUACAACUGUUUUUGUUAUGAUAUGGAGCUUUCAGAUUUAUCCUA